AUGAAAAUAAAACAAAAAAACAACUGGCAAGAAGUGUCCACUUGCAGAUUAUUCAUUGAUUCCAUCAGUUGCUAUCAUCGACUCAAUGUUCUGUGUCUCAUUAACAAAAGAGCUCGAGCAGGCUGUGGUAUCGAUGUGUUGGUUCAUGUGGUUGUAGCUUAUGUCCCAACGGUCUUGCUAAAAGUCAGUCAAAUUAGUCUUCGACGACUUGGUCAAGUCAUUCAAUGGGGUUUUGUUGCAAGAGAGAAUAUGCACAAUGCAGCUACCAUUGAUGGUAUGGCCUUUUCUUCCACAUUCCUUGGGAUUAUUCACUCAAUGGCUCACAAAACAGGAACCGCUUUCCGUCUUCCAUAUGGUCGAUGUGUUGCAGUGUUGUUGAAGUCUGAGACGACGGCUGAGGGAGUUGAAGUUCUUGCAAAGGCAAAAACUUCAACACAUAUUGAUUAUAAUAAACGCCUGAUCUUAAUAGCGUCAGCAGUGCUUUUUACUUAUUUUAUUUAA